AUGUCUCGUGCUCCUCUUCGCAGCGUGGUGUUGGUUCCGUUCCUGGUCGUCACCUCCCUUCGGGCCUUCUGUGGCCUGAGGCUCUGGCCGCGGGUGCCUGUUCCUGUCAGGCAAGCCGUGAGUCUGAGUGCUUUCAGCAAGGAGGAGCUGCUAAGCGCCGCGCCAGAGGAGCGCUUGAAGUCCAUCUAUGGCCUGGAUGAGGGCGGCUUUGAGAGUGUAGCAAACGAGAUCACGCUUGCCUUCUAUAGCGGGAAGAAGAUUCCCCUCUGGCUCACGCAGUCUGUCUGGGCAGCCGCCAAAGAUGCGGACAUCUCUGCCACUGGGGCGUUCAUCUGGAAAUGUAUCAUGGAGUUCAAGAAAGCCGGGUCCUUUCGCACCGGGACAGCUGUGGACUUCUCAUCAGAUUUGGACCUGAACGUCGUCACCAAAGAGAACAUCACCCGGGCCCAGCGAAAUGCAUUCAAGGAAAGUUUGGCCUCGUGCCUAGCGCAGGACACGGAGGGCCAAGAUUGGCAGGUCGAGCACAUGGGCAAGAAAUGCAUUACCCUUGAGGCCAGGGAUGGCUCUGGGUAUGUGGACAUCGCGUUUAUGAACACCGCGUUCGAGAGCGGUAUAGUCGACCGCGGCGACAAUGUCGACUUCUUCUCGGAAAGCCCAACCUCUCAGCAGGCCGUUAAGAUGACCAAGUUAGCUUUCUUCAACGCUCGAGGCCUCUGUGGAUUUCACCUCGAGAACUUGGCCCGAAAGCUAAGCUCAGACUUGUCAGCGCUGGAGCUCUUCAAGAAGAUGCUGGAAGAGGUGCAGGAAAGCGGAGCAUCGUUGGAAGAGGUGAUUCAAGAGGCUGUGGCUGAGGCCGAGGAGGACCAGGCAGGAAGGCAAACCCAACUCCAGGCACAAGUCCAGCGGAUGCAGGAAGUCAUUCGCAAGUCCGGGUCGUGA